CGGCAGAAGUUUACUUGGACAGCAACGUAUACGUUAGUGUUGGCGGGAAACCUUGUUUGUUUUACCGAGGCAAAUCGGCUGAAAAUUUUUUUCUGAUCUUGAAUUAGAACGAUCAGCCAACAUUAAGAGUAUGUAGUUAUGCUUGGCAAAGGCAGAUUUCACGGAGAAUUGUUCUUACUGAACAUUACACACAUACCACCGGCAUAUUUCGCCGAGUCCAUUCAAGCACUUGGUUUUUACGUGGGAGGCGAAUUGUGGCGUCCUGUUUGUUUUCGGCAAGAAUUUUCUGGCGGUGUUUGUUGACCGCUAAGAAACGAAGCUAGUUUCGUUCAUCGGUUUCAAAUUCGAUAGGUAGAAACAGAAGGGAAAGGAAUCAUCCUCGCGGUGCGUGUGUUAUCUACUGUGAAGUCUCGUGAAACAUGCGGAGAACUGGAAAAGCCAAUGUCUUAACUGCCUUGAUCGGCCGGGAAACAAACUUUCGAAGAACUCACGACCACGAUUUGUUAGCAUCGUACGCCGAAGAUGCCUCUGUGAUGUCCUGUAAUCGAACAAAGGAAUGCAAGCUGCCAGGAUCACCAAGGUCAACCUUUCUUGUUUGCUUCAGUCCUGACAAGACCAAAAUGGCAUCUUCGCAUGGAGAUCACACUGUGCGUAUAGUGGACUGUAAGACAUCUAAAUGCUUAAAUACUCUCAGUGGUCAUCCUCGCACACCUUGGUGCAUUACGUUCCACCCAUCAUCCAAUGAGCUGUUGGCAUCAGGUUGUCUUGGAGGAGAAGUCAGAGUUUGGAAUUUAAAGACUGGAGAUAGUGAAGUGUACACACCUCCUGACAGAGCUGUUAUUGCCUCACUUGCCUUCCAUCCUACGGACCAUGUGGUGCUGAUUGCAACCAGCAACAAGCUUCUCUUUUGGAGCUGGGAUCAGCCUGAGCCAUUUGCUUGUGUACAGACUGCUUCAACUGAAGAAAAAGUUAGAUUGGUGGAAUUUUCACCCCUUGGUGACCAUAUUCUUACUGCAGUCACAAAUAUACCUCAGCCAGCUGAUAACCCCAAAACCAUUCCAUCCAGUCGUUCUUCCGUAGUCAACCGUCUUCUUCAAUCAGUUGGCAAUUCACGUGUGGCCGGCGAUCAAUUCACUUCGUGCGUGUUGCAUCCUUCCACGUCAAGUUCUUCCUCUUCGUCGUCUGCCUCAGCUUCUUCCAUGUCCACGGGUCUCGACGCCAUUCCUGAAGCAACUAUUAGAACAUCUUCAAAUUCAGCUGAAAGUAUGCCUUACCCAAACUCUCCAUCUUUAUCGGGGGAAGCUGAGACAACUUCAAGCUCGGUAAUAAAUCAAAAUGACAACGAGAACCAAGAUUACAGAGGAGUAUUCGCUGUAUUUCGAGCCCGUGAUAACAACACUUGGAAUUUUGACGUAACUAGCAAUGACAAUAAUUCGGCUGUGUUAGAACAUGAAUCGGCUGCAAACUCCGUUAAUUUUGAUUCUGAUUCGAGCGACGACAGCCCUGAAGUGAGCAUGAGUGUGACAGCGGGGGAUACAGACGUCUAUUCUGAUACACCGGAUGUAGAACUUCCCACCAUGCAACAAUCCGUACCUUUUGACUCUCAGUAUUUUACUUCCGCCCCCGCUGACCAGCCAGAUGAUCGAGUCGUCGGCGUGGGCCGCGUUAUCAAUGUCGGUCCCAGCUCAUCUCGAAGUAGUUAUCUCUCCCACGGCUCCAACCAUAGCUCAAGUUUUGCUACACUAGGUGGUAGCCAGGGGUCUGGGACUGCUGUCGCGACGGCAACAGCACGGACGUUUAGACACGUACAUACUGCGGUGGUGGUCGCUGAUGUAACUAACGGAGGGCCCCAGUUUGCUCUGAGGACUGCGAUAAACAGAGCCAUUGCAGGGGCAUUCGCAGGGUGUGGCGAAGGUGCCGUGGCAAGUAAUAUAAUUAACACUACACAUCGUUUACAGUGGUGGGACUUUUCUCGAGUGGAGUUGCCCGAUUUGAAAAACAGUGAUAGUCACGUGAUUGCCCCAAGCUGUAAGAUUCACAACGAUGCAAGCUGCGACAUAUCAAGUGAUGGAAAACUACUGGCCACCUUCGUGCCUAGUGCCCAGGGCUUCCCUGAUGAUGGUGUGGUGGCGGUUUAUUCCCUUGAGAAAGCUACGCUAGGACAGUGUCUAUUCGCAAAGAAAUUUGGGCCGAACGCAAUCUCCAUAAGUCUGUCUCCCUUGAAUCGUUACAUUAUGGUCGGCUUAGCAGCCAGGCGACUUCACUGGCAUCUCACAUCUAGACAGGUUGUGGCACAAAUCUUCCGGCUGACUGGCAAAGAAAGUCCAUCAGACGCAGUGAAGCCCGUCGCUAGUGUUACGUAUGACUGUGACCCUGACCGGCGGAGUCACGUGAGUGUAAAUGCAGCGUUCUUCCAUCCCCAAGUUGGGAGUGGUUUGGUGUAUGGUACAAACAAAGGACAUCUGCACAUGCGCCAGUUUGGGCGGCGCAGUUUAUCCCGGUGGUCGAGUCUUAACUCUUGAUUUCAACUAUUCCCAGUUGCAUUUGCUGCAAGAAUAUGGACGGAAGGCUUUACAAAUACCUCUUUUAAUGAGGCGAUUUCGGUCUCGACGUCGGGAGAAGAAUUCCCUCCGUUUUGCACUUUCUCUCGUGGUCCACUGGGACCCAAUUGCGACGGAAGGAGGAGAGGUAUUGGAACCGAAACGGCGCAGAAAGAGAAUGGCUAGCAAUGCUCAAAUGUGUAAACAUUUGAAACGAUAUAAAUCGCAGAAGUAGACAGCAGAUCACAAGUUCACAGGCGUGAAUUUGUAACCCAAAAAUGCUAGGAUUUCGUCUUUCAUGACUGCAAAAGGAAAGUUACAUUGUCAAAUUGAAACAUUUGUACACUUGAACAAUAAAUUAUUGUACAUACCGCUUUCGCGCUAGCACUCCGUGCGUGUUAGGAAUAUGACGUCACCUUCCCUUUCAGUCGUGCCAGCGGUGACUUCUUUGGUGCAUAAGAGUAUGCGCAGUGUGUAACAUUGUACAUGAUCUCUUCAAUGAAAUAAAUUAUUUUUCCUUACA